AUCAGGGGGCGCUCGAGAGUCGUGCUUCCUUUUCUCGGCUGGAAUCCUCAAAGCAGGAAGACAGAGCGCUGGGGGGUGUCUUCCGCCGCGCGCCGGCCUGGUUGCAACUUGCAAGCUUGAGCCCAGAUCCAAGACAACUGGGGAGGCAUUCCUCCAGAUUACGUUUACUUUGAAGAGUGGCAAGACAACCCAGUUCAGAGAAAACACAUCUCUUUCAGAGGUGCCAUGGGGGACUUGGGCCUGGGCCGGGAAUUUCAUACCUGGCACCAGUUCAGCCUCUUCUUCGAUGACUGGUGUGAAAAGCACAAGGUGCUGUUCAUCAUCGCCAGCCUGAAGCCACUCAUCUCCCUUCGCCAGAACCCACCCCCUUAUCAGCCCAGCUUGGCCGAGACACUCCGCUUCCGUUUUGUGCGUCUCAUCUGCAAACACAGUGGGACCUAUGUUGGACAAAGCACGGUGCAACGGAACCACCACAGUGAGAAGAUUGACUGCCCAGCUUCCAUCACCCUACGCUUAGGCCCCAAGAAGGACCGCCUGGUGGUGAUUGAAUCCAACCUAGAGCACAACCACCGCUUGUCUGAACUGGAGUUCUCCCAUUACUUCAAGCGGCACCAGCUGAGAGCCAGCCUGGGGCUGCCCAUCCGUAUUACCAACAGCAUAUCGAAGCGCUUCCUGGCACCUGACCUUAUCUGGAACCUGGAGGACUAUAGCAAAGCGAAAGACAAAGGCAUGUGUGAGCUCCUGGCUGUUCUGGAUGGGCUCUUCAAGACUGAUGGGGGUGCCAAGGUCAAAAUGGUGUUCCAGGAGGACGCGGCUGUCCUCAAUUGCAUCUUCCUGGCCACCUCACACAUGUGCAAACUGGUGCAACGAUUCCCGGCUCGCCUUUUUCUGGAACGUGCUGCCUGUCUCAAUGCAGAGUUUGAGCUCUAUACAAUACUGUGCCAAGAUGCCAAUGGACGUGGUCGUGAGGUGGCUUAUUGCCUGGCGCGACAGGGGCUGCCUGACCUCCUUAUAUUUAUGGUGGCCUCUUUGGUGCAGAGUGCCCCAGAUAUUAAACUGCGGGUGAAGGUGAUCACAGUUGGGGCUGGUGCAACUGGGCUGGAUGCCAUAGAGGAUGUGUUGCCAUGUGCCCAGGUGCAAAUCUGUCGCCUGCAGGUCUUGGAGACCCUCUAUCUCAAGGCCUCUGAAUUGGCUGUGCCAAAGGAAGAUCAGAUCCACAACCUGCUGCUCAACCUGGCAAACUCUGACUCACCCCAGGUCUAUAGCCAGUAUCUGAGUGAUCUGGAAGAUAUGGCUCCAUCCUCCUUUCUACAGUACAUCCUGGAGUGCUGGCACCCCCACAAAGACAUGUGGGUAGAGUGUUGGGCCUUUGAGAAAAACCAAGAAUGUUCCUUUCUGGACCACUUUGGUGCCCAUCGCCACAAGCUUUUGGCAGCACUCAAUUCUCCUAUGACACUGGCCGCAGGUUUACAAGGCCUCCUGGGUCUCCAGACUUUACAUGUGGAGACAUCAACAUUCAAUGUAUCUCCUGUGGCUGAGCUGUACCGUGCUGCAUGCCUGUCUGAUUGCACUGAAAUGGUCACUGAGGAAUUGGACUUGGUACCCCACGCACACUACGACCUGAAAGAGACACCCAAGGGAUACCUUUUGGGAGGGCACACCUGCUCUUUUCUUGUAAGCCAGGACAUGGCCACUUGCAGCUGCUCCAUUUACUUGACUUGUCAGCUGCCCUGCCGGCACAUUUUUGCCAUACGCCUUUGGGUUGGAGAGCCUUUGUUUGAUCCCUGCUUGCUGCCUAACUUGCCAGACAAACGUCAAGAAACCACAGUCCAGGAUGAAUGCUAGCUGUUGGACACAUUGGACCAAGUCAGCUUAAUAAUAUGCCAUAGUCACCGCUGGAAAAAAAUUACUUGUUUGGAUACAAGUCUAAGUCUACACUUCCUGUUUUGCAGGCUGGGGAAUUCUGGGACUUGCGGUCCAAACAAGGAGUGUUUCCUAUUGCACUGGAUGGCUGGGCAGAGCUUUGGUGACCACCACAAUCAUUAUCAUUCUUUGCUGCAAAUAAAAUAUUGGUCUCAUUGGA